CUGGCGCAGGCCGGGGCGCGGGCGCCGGCGCCGGCCAUGCUCAUCACGCUGUGCUACCUGUACCUGUGGGCGCGCUGGGGGCGCCGGCCGGCCGCACUGGUGCUCUCCACGGUGCGGCGGCUGCGCGCCUCGCGCUGCUCCUUCACCUUCUGCCGCGCGGCCGCGCAGCCCGGGGGCGCGCGCGUGUGCCUGAGCCGCGGCGGCCGCGUCUUCUGCGUCGGCGAGAGCCAGUCUGUUGAUGACUUGAACAAAUGGGCCCUGUUUCUCGUGUCCCCCUUCAUACUUGAGGCAGAACAUAUAGCAUUUGUGACAGAAAGCAUUUGGGUACAAGGCACCAGUUUCCAGGAGCCAUUGUCUUCAGAAACCGUUGUAAAAUGGUCGGACUGCUGUUUGCCGUUAGCUUGCCGCCCCGGGGAUCCCUACCAACUAAUUGCUAAGGCAAGCGUGGACAACUUCAGCAAGCUGGGGGUGGCCUUCAUGGAGGACAGGCUCCAGAUGGAUAACGGCCUGAUAGCCCAGAAGAUCGUUUCAGUUCACUUAAAGGACCCUGCUCUGAAGGAACUCAGCAAGGCCUCCAACAAACAAGUGCAGGCCCCACUCCCGAGCCCAGAGGCUUCCCUGGGGGCCCAGCCUGUGCAAGGUGUCAUGGAGCAAGCUGGUCAAGGUGACUGGAAGGCUGCUGGUGAAGGCCCUUCCCCACCGAGGAGAGGCUGUGCCCCUGGAAGUGAGUCUGCUGCAGAUGGAGAUCCAGGGCCAGGCUCCACUGAGCUCUGUCAGCUUCACCUGUCCAGCUGCCACGAGUGUUUGGAACUUGAGAACAGCACCAUCGAGUCGGUGCGAUGUGCGUCUGCAGAGAACAUUCCAGAUCUUCCCCGUGAUUGCAGCAGCAGUGUGGAGGGUACUGCGGGCGAACUCUGCCCUGAACGGAAAGGGAAGAGAGUCAACAUCUCGGGAAAGGCGCCCAACAUCCUGCUGUACGUGGGCUCUGGUUCCGAGGAAGCCCUGGGCCAGCUCCAGCAGGUGCGAUCUGUCCUGACGGACUGUGUGGACACGGACAGCUACACUCUCUACCACCUGCUGGAAGACAGUGCUCUGAGGGACCCGUGGCCAGACAACUGCCUCCUGUUAGUCAUUGCCAGCAGGGACCCUAUCCCCAAAGGCAUACACCACAGGUUCAUGGCCUAUCUUUCUCAGGGAGGGAAGGUGCUGGGCCUGUCUUCCUCCUUCACCUUCGGUGACCUUCGGGUGGCCAGGAGAGACGUGCUACGGAACACAGCCCAGAACUUGGUUUUCUCUAAGGCUGAUGGGAGUGAGGUACGGCUCAGUGUCCUGAGCAGCGGCUACAUUUAUGAGGAAGGCCCGAGCCUCGGCCGGCUCCAGGGCCACCUGGAGAAUGAAGACAAGGAUAAAAUGAUUGUGCAUGUGCCUUUCGGAACCCAUGGAGGUGAAGCCGUUCUCUGCCAGGUACUGGGGUGGUGUUGAUGUGAUGCUUUGGGGGUAUAUUUGGGACCCAGUGUGCUCUUUAAGGCCUGGGAGGUCCCAGGAGGGGCUGGGACAGUAACACAGCAGCAAAAUGCUUGCCUCUUGAGCAUGA